UUUUACUUGACUAAAGCAGAGAGUAAGCUUAAACGAACGGAAAAUGGGCAGAUAGGGGGGUGAUUCAAUUUCAAGCGUACAAAGCUCUGGAAACUAUUAUUUUCCCAAUUAAGAGUUAUGACAGACCUGAGUGAGUGACGGGCUAGCGGCACUCCGCAAUCAGAAGUCAUUUGUAGCAGCUGUCUCCUUCCUCAAACUCGGAAGGAAACUUUCGAACUUCAUGUUCUUUGUCGUUAACGCGGAAAGCUAUGAAGAUUAGCAUAUUUAUUGUUUUUUAUUUACAAUUUCUUUAAAAUGCAAAAAGCGCUAAAGAAGUAUUUCGUAAACAUGGACGAGUAUCUGGCCAGCAUCGGUCUCUACCGGAAAAUGAUGGCACGAGACGCGUCCUGUCUGUUUCGAGCUGUAUCUGAGCAGCUGUACUACUCUCAGAACUACCACAGCAAGAUACGGAAGGACUGCGUCAGCUUCAUGAGGACAAACCGCUGCAACUUCGAACCAUAUGUCGAAGGUUCAUUUGAGAAGUACCUGGAACGUAUUGAAGAUCCAAAGGAGACGGCUGGACAGGUGGAGAUCAAGGCUCUGUCGUUGCUGUACAGGCGGUGCUUCCUAAUAUACAGGUAUCCUGGGAAGCCACCAACAGAGAUCACUGAGGAGGACUAUGUAGAACAGAUCUUGCUGUGCUGCUCCAACAACGGCCACUAUGACAUUGUCUACCCCAGGAACUACCCAAUAGAUUCAGCUCUCUGCCAGUCGAUCCUGUACGAGCUGCUGUACACGCGUGUGCUUGGCGUGGAGGAGGCCGAGCUACAGGCUGUCUUGGAGGGUUUCCGGGGCGGAGGCCGUCGCUAUAGGAACAGCCUAUCGGUGUGCAGCGAGGAUGCAGGCUACGACACUCCAGAGGAUAGAGCCCAGAGGGAGGACUGGGAGCUGGGGGGGCAGAGGGGCUCAGAGGAGAAGAACAAGACCGGGGCAGAGGAACCCAAGGCUACAGAGGGCCCCUCCAGGCUGUCUCUUCCCUACAAGGUGCUGAAGGCCCUGGACACCGAGAUGUACCGCAACGUAGAGUUUGAUGUGUGGCACGACGGCCGCAAAGAGAUGCAGAAGAGCGACUACAUGGUGUUUGCUGGAAGACAGUACUUCCUAGGAGACAAGUGCCAGGUCCGUCUGGACCCCAAGGGGAAGUUCUACAACGCUUUCAUCCAGGAAGUGGGCACCCACACCAGUGCUGUAACCGUGUUCAUCGAGGAGCUCGGAGAGAAACACCUGGUCUCUCUGACCAACCUGAAGCCAGUUAACCCUGUCCCAGCGUGGAACAUAACCCCCAGCCGCAAGGGCUCCUCCUACACCCGGCCAGAACAGUACCCCGGAGAACUGGACUGUGAGGGCCGCGGGCGGAGGAGGUUCUUCAAGAGGCCCAGGGGGAAGGAGAUGCUGAUGGUGUCGUACAGCCGGCCCCCCCCGCCCGGCCUCCCUCCUCGCUUCCAGCCUGGAGGUAUCCCACCCGGCCGUGCUGGCCCCCCACCCCCGCCCGGCAGCCUGCCCUACGACCCCUACCACCAGCACCCCCCUCCCUCCCGGACCCCCCGGGGCUACGGCCCCCCCAGAAGCUCCGCCCGCUUCCUGAACAGGCCUCACCUGAUUGGUGCAGAGAUGUAUUACCCUCACCCAGGCAAACGCUGCUACCAGACCUACGAUAACUACUCCUUCAGGUCCCGUCGCAGUCGGAGGCAGUCCCUGAACAAGGAGUGUCAAUUCAGCUACGCCUCGGAGGGAGGGGAGGAGGAGAGCCAGGACCUGGGAACCAUCACAUACUACCAGCUGGAGGAGGGAGAGGAGGCCUUCUCUGCCCUGCAGGCCCAGUCCUCUCCCAGCUACUGGGUCCAGAGAGGACCCAGCCCGCUGCCCCCUCAGACCAAACACACCCUCAACUCCUCAGAGGAGGACCUGGAGGAGGGCAGCAAUGCAGGAGACCAGGGUGACUAUUCUGAGGAGUACAUCUAUGCAGCUCAAGACACAGGCUUCCAGAGCCCCUCAGUCUAUGCUGCCACUGAAUCUACAGCCAACCUGACCAUCCAGGGGGGAGGCUCUCGUGCUGGAUCUCCACAGGAGGGUGUUGCUACCUACAGCUACUCGCAACAGGUGGUGGUGAAGUCUGCAGUCCUCUCCUCCUCCCAGGCAGUCAACACUGCCCCAGCAGCCAUCUUCACCUCUAACUCCUCCUCUUCCUCCUCCUCCUCCUCCUCCCAGACCCCCCCUGACACCCAGCCCCCCCCGCCACCACACACCCAGGGGGGGGGGCUGCCCCCUCAUGCCCUUGGCAGACCAGUUGUGUCUAUGCAGCUGCCCCCCCCCUCUCCCUGGCUGGUGAACGAGAUGGGCGAGCCAAUCAGCGCGGCCACACCUCCCCCUCCCUGCUCCUACGACCCCCACGGCCAAGACCUGCCCCGAGACUCUAAGGUUCUGCAGUACUACUUCAACCUGGGAGUUCAGUGGUAUCAGCAGUUCUACUGGCAGUCAGUGAUGCAGUUCCAGCAGGUGUUCCAACCCCCCAGCGCUGAGUACCAGCCAGCCUACCCUGCCCCACCCCAGGAACCUCCCGCCCCCCCAGCCUACCCCCCCGACAAUCCCCGACCUGCCCCCGAGGCCCAGGGGGACGGACACCACCACGGCCCCCCCCUGGGUGUGGACCCCCCCCUGGCCGCCCCCCCCCCUGCCGUGUUGUACCCAGUGUACCAGGAGCCGCCCCACGUCCAACCCUACGACUCCUGCAUGCUGUCCUACCACUACCUAGCCCCGCCCUGGAUGGCUGGCCAUGCCCCCAACCAUGCCCAGCCACGCCCCCACUCCUCCUACUGCCCCUCCCACCUGGCCUACGUCUCGGCCCCGCCCACUCACCACACCCACUUCAUACCCCCCAGUAUGUAGAAACUUUCACGCGCGUUCACGCCACCCACAGGUACGCACCGCACUCAGGCACAUGCACGCAUGCUCACACGUGCACACGCACGUUCAUACACACACACAGGUACACACUAAUCUACCUCAUGUAGCAGAUAGUCUUUUGUUUCCAGUCAGAAUGUCUCUAGUUACCUGCGGCCCAGUUGUUCAGGGUGGGCGUGGCCAUGUUAGGGGGCGGGAUGACCAGGAGUAGCCAUGUUGGUUCCCUUCUAAGUUAACAGGGAUGUCUUUAUGUUGUUUGUACCAUCGUGUGUUCUCUUCUCUUUUCAUAUUUCAAAUAAUAAAAGAGUUGUGUUCC